AUGCUCGGAUUGUCCUUGGUGACAACAAUAGCGGAGGAUCCGGCAGGGCUUACGGAUGAGCAAGUUGGCCUUGAGUCACCGAUUCACCCCUUGGGAAUUAAACCCUCGGGAAACAAGCUGCUUGCACCCGGGACUACCGAUGCUCGUGAGGCUAUUGGAACAUUUCAGGCAUUACCAGAUGAGGUUUUGGCCCAGUUCCUGGAAUAUCUUGAUAAAAAAUCUCUCAGACAACUGGGCUGUUGCAGCAAGUUUCUGUAUGCCUUCUCUAUUUCUGAGGAGUUAUGGAAAACCCUUUUCUUAGCGUCCCAUGAGCAUAAUCAGCGCCCUUUCGAGUGGAAGGGAACGUGGCGAUCGACAUUACUGGGACUCCCCUCAGACAAGCAAGCGAAAGUUGAUUGCAGCACUGUCUUUUCUGAUGUCCUCCACCGGCCAUUUGUCUGCAGUCAAAUUUCCCUCAACAGAUUCUACUCUAAGAUCCCGAGGUCCAACGAGAUGAAGCGUUUUAAGGACCUGACAUAUGAUGAAUUCGCGGAGAAAUGGAGCGACACACCCUUCAUACUCACCGACUGCGUUCGGUCCUGGCCGGUCUGCCAACAGUGGAAUAUGCAGUGUCUCCUUAGGACAUGUGCAGACGUCAAGUUCCGCGCCGAGGCGGUCGACUGGCCUUUCUCGACAUAUUAUGACUACAUGACCAAUAGUCAAGACGAGAGCCCUCUGUAUCUGUUCGACAAGGCGUUUGCGGAGAAGAUGAAGAUUACAGUCGGUAAGCACGAGGGUGCUGCGUAUUGGAAGCCUGACUGUUUCGGACCAGACCUCUUCGAGCUGCUGGGCUCAGAGAGACCUGCCCACCGGUGGCUGAUCAUCGGCCCGGCGAAGAGCGGAUCUACCUUUCACAAGGAUCCUAACGCUACAUCGGCCUGGAAUGCGGUGAUCCAAGGUGCCAAGUACUGGAUCAUGUUCCCGCCGAAUGUUGAUGUUCCCGGAGUAUAUGUCUCUAGGGACCAGAGCGAAGUGACGAGCCCCCUGAGCAUCGCCGAAUGGCUGCUCGAGUUUCACGAGGAGGCACGGCAGCUGCCGGAGUGCGUCGAAGGGAUCUGCAGGGCCGGAGAGAUCCUCCACGUGCCAAGCGGAUGGUGGCAUCUUGUUGUCAACCUGGAGAGUGGUAUCGCGCUGACACAGAAUUUUGUGCCCAAGUCACACCUUGUCGAUGCCCUGGAGUUCCUCAAGGACAAGCCGGACCAGGUGACAGGUUUCAAGCGUGACGUCUUGGACCCAUACGGUCUCUUUGUCGAGCGCCUCAAAAUCGAGUUCCCAGAAUUGCUCCAUGAGGCUCUGUUGGGUCUCGAGAAGAGGCAGAGCAGGAGGAAGCGCAAGUGGGAUGAUGCCAUCGCUGGUGAUGCAGAGCAGGAAGCGGGGUCUGGAGGGGGGUUUAGUUUCGGGUUUGGUCUUGAUGAGGAUGAGGAUGAGGUGCCUUGAGAUACUAUAAAGCACUACUUGUGCAACUACUGCUUGAUACAGUUCAUAGAUGCUCUGUGCAAUGCAUCCAAAUGUGGAUGGACGCUGCAAGUCAGGCAGCAUCUUGCACCC